AAAUGGCCUGCUAACUGCCAGGGGAUAAAAUGGACACUGAUGUUGUCAGCUUUUCUGUGUCGAAAUACUGGGUACUUCUAUCACAGGAAAUGGUUGUGCACAAUUUACAGCUUCUUCCUGUAGUAGAUGCAUAAUGAAGUCUACAGGGAAUGUUCAAACCUGCCAGCCAGAAAUUAUUGCUUCUGAUAUUGAGGAACUUGAAAGUGGGAGUGAGAGCAGUCAGAUUGAUGGCACUGCAAAAAAGAAGAGGAAGACCUUUUCAACUGGCAUAACCAAGCAACGGCAAGCAGCAAAUGCAAGAGAGCGGGACAGAACCCACAGUGUGAACACAGCAUUCACAGCUCUCAGGAAUCUCAUUCCAACCGAGCCAGCAGACCGCAAACUAUCGAAGAUAGAGACCCUACGCUUGGCCUCCAGUUAUAUUUCCCAUCUGGCGAAUGUCCUCCUCCUGGGAGAGGACUGUCUGGACGGGCAGCCCUGCUUAAAAUAUCGAGCUGUCAGGCAAGGCAGCAAUAACGACAUAAAUACUGCAGCUCCCAGACCUAUAUGCACCUUCUGUCUUAGCAAUCAGAGAAAAAUGCUUAGAGAAGGAGAAAAGCACCUCCCUGUCUGAUGUUUAUGAGGACAUCCCUCUAAAUGAGAUACACAACUACUACUGCACUGACUGAAAAAUACAAAGACAAUUUACUGUACUAAUAGGUUUACAUGAUACAGUAUAUUAUUUAUUGAAAAGAAAUGUUUUAUGUUUUAAUAUGUCUAUAAGAGAUAUAUCUAUUCGCACUUUCUGUUUACAAUAUGAGUUUUCAAGUCAGGGUGUUCUAUCAAUGAAACCUAACACCAUGAGCAAGGUUGCACCUGGUAUUGCAGCUAUUUUUAGGAAUAGAAAUGUUAAACCUCAGCAUCUUCAAUCUAAGGGAAGGCUGUGGGACUCAGACCAAUGUCACAUGAUGUAAUUUAAGCAGACGCACCCUGUGCUUUCUGUCAGUGUGGUCUUCACAACUAUCAUCACCAGCUUCCAGGAGCCAAUGGCUGACAACAUCAUUCAGUGUUAAAAUAACAGGGGAAAUAUCUGUCUGUGACGAAUGUGUUGCUUACCUCAAUAACAUUUGAAAAUAAAUCUGAACUAAUAUUAAAAGAAGAAUGUUUGCUACAAAUCCAAAAAAUCCUACUUUUUUAUUAUCUACAGUUGUUUUUUAUUAUAAAAUAAUUCUAAGCACUGUGCAUUUUGUAUGGCUAAACUGGUCUAAAGUGCUUUGAGAAUUAGUGAUGUAAUAAAAGUUUCCUUCUAACGGUGUGUAUAAUGUUACUACAGUAUGAUAAUUGAUGGUUUCAUAUUGAUUAAAUGUUAUUAUUAACUUGGGACAAAUUCAUAUAGAUAUCGCUUAAUGGGUUGACCCCAAAAGGUUCAAUUGCACACUUUGGCAAUAUUGCCGAGAGAUGCAAAACAACUAGCUAAUUGUAAAUGUUGACUGCCUUAUCCUGCAUAUUCCUCAGUAGGUGUGCAUCCAUUAUUCAUCAAAAUUUUAAUGAAUUUUGAACUUGGCUUCUUCAAUGAAACAAGAUCGAAUGUUGUGCUGUAAUCUCUCAUCCCAUAAAGGCAGAAUCAUUUUUUUCAAACAAUGUAUGUUAUGAUAUAGUAUUAUAGGCUUAAGCUGGUUGUCUAUCUCAACAUACUUGAAUGGUAAACUGACUGAAUGAGAGAAUAAUGAGUGCCAGGUUACAUUCUUCUCCAAUGCUUAUUGCAACAAAUGAUAAAAUAACAAUAAUCACUUUAUUUUGACAAGAACAUGCAAACAACUUUGGUGGAUGAAGUGAAUUGUUUCCAGUUUAAUUUGGUUUGAUGUUCAUGAUCAAUAUAAAACAAUUUUGUUGAGAUGAAAACAAUUUCUGUAUUGAUUAUGCAUCAUGCAACAAUUUUUGUCUUUAUGCAAAAGAGUCAGUUUACUUGCCAAUAUGUUUAUCAUAUCUCAGGUAAAUGUGUUUUAAAUUAUCUGUUUGGUACAAAAAAUAGCAUGCAGCCAUUCUCUAAAGAUAAGGUUAUUUUCAUAAAUGUUAUUUAUUUAAAAAUUAUGCAAAUAAAGUAUUUAA